AUGCCAGUGUAUUAUGUUCGGACAUGGGAGACGUUUCAGUUUGGUUUUUUGACAAAGCCGAACUUUUUCAUUCUAUUACAGCUAGCUCAUUCGGUACUAAACUUCAGAAUACGUUUGCACAUAGGCUUCUUUCUUCGUUUGGUCUGGGCUACCGGGGAUUCCGAAGAAGAGAAAAGACUCAAAGAACUCCAUGAACGACUUGUGCGAGAACAGGAGAAAGAGCUCGAAGAAAAACGUCGAAAAGAGGAAGAAGAGAGGGCCAGACGCUAUGAGCAAGAAUUACGUGAACUGGAGGAGCGUCAACGUAGCGAGGCCGAGGAGCAACGUCGAAUCCGUCGUGAGCAGGAGCUUAUACUCAAUCGCAAACAUGUUCGGCCUAAGGUCUGCUUUGCCAUUAAAAAGUGA